CUGGGCGUGGCCCCGCCCCGCCCCAGUUUUCUAAGCAGAGGGCGGCUGGGGCGGCGCCACACGGAGUGGACAUGGGGCUGUGCCUGCCCUGCCUGGGAGAUGGGCCCCAGGACCCGCCAGACAUAGAAGAUAGAAGAUUAAAACUUGCAGAAGCUGCAGAAAGAAGACAGAGAGAGGCUUCAUCUCGAGGAAUUUUAAAUGUGCAUUCUGUAGAAGAGAAGAAGAAGAGAAAGGAGAAAAUCGAAAAACAGUUGUCUUCUGGUGGUCCCUCACAAGGAGGGCUUCGAUGGACAGUUUCAUAAAAUUGUGUGCCAAAUGGAAGACAAGACUACUGCCGAUAACCUGUGGAAAACUGCAAUCAACUGGCGCUUCGUAAUGUGGCUUUUGCAUUCAGCACAUUAACACUUCUGUUUUAAUGUGAUAAAUGAUAAGUAAACUGUAUACUGGAAAUUCUUUAUUUUUUUUUGAGCAGACAAACCUCAGGAUAUUUAACAAGAUGACCAAGAUUUUUCACUAUAGUCUCUUUAUUUUUGCACAAGUAGCUAUCCUGAAGGGCAAGGGCUUCAUUUGUGACUUUAUGGAGAUAAAGUAAUACUGCCUAACAAUAUAUUUCUGCUUUGGGUGUUGGUGAUUAAAUCUUUAAUCAGUUUUUCAAUGACAUUUUCUCCUUUUUAUAAAAAAUUAAGUGGGCAUUUAUAGCUUUGCUGACAUACAUUGUGUUUAUUUUGUAUUUAUACUGACUUAAUGUUUAAACCUGUUGAUUUAAUGACUAAGUAGAAGGAAAUAACCAAAAAAUAAUUUUGUGGCUCAUAUGAAACCAACCCUUCCCAUACCUUUUGAUUCAUUAGAUGCUUAUUUGUAAGUAGAUAAAAUAUUUAAUCUGGUUAUUUUCUGUUUAAGUUUUAUAAAUACGUUAUGUAGAAAUGGGGGAUUUUCAUUAAGCUAAAAUUUAUUUGCUAUAUUUAAAACUUGGUCCUUUUGGUACCAUAAGAGGGCAAUGCUGAGGUUGCAAAGAGAUCAGGUUUGUUUCUCUAAAGACUUCUUGUAAUGAGAUUACUUACUAGCAUUUGUCAAAGGAUGAGCUUUAGUGUCAUUUUUUAAACUCUAUUAAAUACUAUAAAGCUAAGUGUAA